CUGACGCUCAUUCCGGUCUGCAGGGAGAGGAGCAGAGCCAGGCUGGGGCACGCAGCUCCGGACUGCAGCAGAGCUCGGAGCGGUGCCCCGCCGCAAUGCGCCCUGCGGGCUGGCUGCCGCUGGCGCUGCUGUCAGUGGGGAUUGUUUCUGCAUGUCAAUCCACUGGUCUUGCACCAACAGGAGGCAGGGUGGUUGGUGCCGUGGGCUGCACUGUGGUGCUCCCUGGACCAGAUCACAUUGACACCACUGGGUUCGUACGGUGGGAGUAUAAACAAAAUGAAAAUGACACUGAACUGACUGUCGUACUUUAUUAUGUGGCAUCACGGGAACCGGACAUCUUACCAGAGUAUAAGGAUCGUGUUGUAUUUAGCAUGUCCAACUGGACCCUGGGACUGAAAUUGCAACUGGCAGAUCGAGGCCUGUACAGAUUAAGGAGACAAGAGGAGGAGAAAAGUGGCAAAUGGAUCCAGCUGGAUGUUAUAGAGCCCUUAUCCAAGCCGAAACUCUUUAGGAACUCUUCCUUGGCGGGCUCCACCAUUGAAAUGGUCUGUAACAUGACAGUAGGUAGGGUGGAUUCCUAUCAGUGGAGAAAGGACCAUAAGCCUCUCCCUAAGUAUGGUCACUACCAACUCUCUCGGAAUAACAGUGUACUUCUCAUAGUGAACACAACACAGGCUGAUAGUGGCAGUUACUCAUGCAAAGUUACCAAUGAAGUUAGUGAGAAUGAAACCUCCCUGGAAUUGACCAUCAAUGAUUCUUCAGCUGUGGUUUCAAAUGGAGUCAUUUUGGGAGUUGCUGUCAUAACUGCUGUCAUAAUUCUAGUAAUAGCAGAUGGGAACUUGUACAGUGAAUAAAAACUCUGCCGUGACUUCAUCUGGAUGAACAAUCCCAAUUUGCAAAAGACAUAAUGGAACAGAAGGGAAUUAUACUGUUUUCUUCUGCCCAGCAACAACCUGCCUGCUUUUAUGCUCUACCCUCUAGGACCUGCUGCUGCCCCUGCAACUCAAAGUAGAGGGACUCCUCCAAUAACACUCCAGCAGGGCUGUCUGGGAGUGGCAGGAGGAAAAGUGAAGUGGGUGUGGGACACUCACCCAAGUGGAUAUAGCUCAGCUGUUGGCUGAGUACUGGGACACCCUGGCUGCAAUUGAGGGGAGGGAGCUCCUCUCAUUACUGGAGGGAAGUGGGGGCCCAGUGGUGCCACCCUGCCUCUCUGGGAAGGGAGGGACCAUCUCCACUCCAAAUGCGGGGGCAGAGCUAGAAGUCCCCCAUGUUGUGCCUGGGGCCCAAGAUUGCUUAAACCCAGCCCUGUGCAUGCACGCUCCUGCAAUGGAAGUGGACUCUAAUGAAGUGUCACUACCAGGGCCUCCUCUGGCUGCAGCUGCCCCGGGAUCCCCCUUAACUAAGGUAAUACAGCCUCUGUCUGUGUUCCCUCGCCUUUGCAAUCUCUGCAUGGCUGGCAAGGGAUGGUGUGCAUCUCCCUAGUCCCAUCUCUAGCCUCUCCU